GUGUGGUAAUUGGAUCCAGGUGGGACAUCCAGCCGUCCAGCAGCAGACUAUGUCUAUAGGAUCAGGAAGCAGAGUCCAGGAUGUGCCUGUGCAGCAAAAAUGAAGCUUUUAGAGCAGAGUCAGAUGUAGCAGGUGAAAGGGGCGGUAAUGCAUUUCGGAGCAUGCUCAAUAGGCUCCUUCUUCAGACCUGAGUCCCAGUGUAAUCCUGGACUCCAAUCUGUCCUUCCAGCCCCAGAUCCAAUCACUG